UCAGUGGUCAUAAUAUUCAUAUUUAUUAUAACAACAGGGCUGUGCCCCAGUGUCUACUUAUAUUUAGUUUCUCAGUUCAUGGUGGGAGUUGGAGCUGGUGGAUAUCGGGUCAACUGUAUUGUACUAGCCACUGAGUGGAUUGGGGUGUCCAAACGAUCAUGGGGAGCAUGUGUGGUUCAGCUAUGUAGUGCAGUUGGACUGUGUACCCUCGCUGGUUUGAUCUACUUCAUCAGAGACUGGAGGCUGGCUCAACUAAUCACGGCAGCUCCACUUAGCGUGGUUGUUAUCUACAUAUGGUUUAUUCCAGAGUCAGCCAGAUGGUUGUUAAGCAGAGGAAGGACUGAGGAGGCUAAACAGCUAAUUGCCAAAGCAGCAGCCAUCAACAAACGCACUGUUCCAGCCUCUCUUCUGGACAAAAUUGCUGUGAAAGAUGUUCGGAACAAAGGAGGCAUUAAAGUUAUUUUCAGAUCACCUGUACUGACCAAAUAUUUCCUCAUCAUAACUUUGGCAUGGUGA